UCCCAUCCACCCCUCCCCACCUAUGCUGUUGCCAUCCCUCACCUUACCUUCUCUACUUGACUCCAGGUACCCCCUGCGACGACAUUGGUGAGUUGCCACGUCAGCAGGCCCCCGGCCUAGUACAUGCUGUUGCGGUCACAGACAGCCGUCAUGGAUCAGAGGCCCGGUGAAGUAGACGAGGCCUUUCAGGUCAGGAUGCUGGGUUGGAGUUCCGAGACAAAGAAACGGGCAGAUGACGCAGCUGCAGCAGCGAAAAAGAAGGCAGAGGAUGCCGAGCAGGCACGUCUGCUGGCGAUUGAACAACAGCGCGAGCAUGACGAGGCAGCAGCAAGGGCUGCCGAUGAAGAGAGACACCAAUGUCGUGAGAAGAUCUUUACCGGAGAGCAGGCGUUACUUACAAUGGCAGUGGAAUGGUGGAGCGAGGCCGAGAAUAGCCAGUUGGAGGAUGGCGCAAACAAGAUAGCGCUCCUCCUCUCGCAUCUCACUGACCUCCUGGCAACCUGCAUUACACAGCAGGAGGAGAUCCACGGUCUCGACAACUCGCUAGCUCGCGUCCAAGACCGCCUUCAGCGGUUGGAGCAGCGACCAGUCGCCGCCACCGACACAAGCUCUUCCAACACUUCCGACUGCCUCAACGCAUUGGAGAUGGACGUUGGUUCACUCAAGGAUGGCGUGCAAUUACAGCCGACCGCGACGCAACAGUUGCAACAACGGAUCUGCACUACCGCCAACAUCUCGAGUUCGGAACCGGGCGAGACAGCUCCAAAGUUCGAUGGGCAAGAGAUCUUCUGCAACUCAAUGAAGACGGAUCCGGAUUCGACGCGCGAGUUCAACAUAGAGGUAUUGGACCCGCUCACGUCCGAGGACUUUGCAUGGCUUCCUCUCCCGACCACAGGCUGCUUGCCGGGACCGCAAUGCGCAGCACUUAGCGUACAUCUCCACACUUACUUAUCCUUCUAUGCACCACCAACUUCGCCGACGGAUGACGAAGUUGCGGUGGGGGACAUCCUAGCAUAUACUACCAAGGUGGCCCACGAGUUUCGCACGCAGCGGUACGAUGACAACAACGCACCGCUCAUGUACGUCCGCAUUCAGGUUGGGCAAGCGUCCUGCAGCGUUUUGCUGGAUAGCGGCGUGUCUCGCAAUUUCAUGAGCCAAUCCUUUAUGCAAAGGGCUGACCUUGGCACACAAGUUCGGAGGAAGGCAAACCCGACGGCGAUCAAGUUGGCGGAUGGAAAGACGCAACAACUUCUCGAUCGUUACAUCGAGGCCGUACCGGUCUACUUCGCACCUCAUGCAUGCGAAYCGGUGACAUUCGAUAUUCUYGACACGGACUUCGACAUCAUUCUGGGAAUGCCUUGGCUUGCAAGUGCGGAUUACACGGUCAACUUCCAUCGGCGGACUCUUAGCGUUCUCCUCGAGCAACAUGAUGGUGUGGACAAGCACCCGGUCGAAUACUUCAGCAAGAAAGUGCCCAUCGUGCAUUCCAUUGACGAUGCACGCAAGAAGGAGCUCCUCGCCUUCGUCCACGCGCUCAAGCGGUGGCGGCACUUCCUUCUUGGUCGAAGCCAAUUUCAUUGGGUAACGGACAACAAUCCGUUGGUCUUCUACAAGACCCAGGACACCGUCAACAGCACCAUCGCUCGAUGGAUGGCUUUCAUCGACCAGUUCGACUUCUUUCCCGAUCACAUUCUCGAGAAGUCGAACCGUUUUGCAGAUGCUCUUUCACGGCGUCCGGAUCAUUGUACCGUGGUCUACUCAACCUUCGAGAUCGACGACGACCUGCGGAACAGCUUCAUCCGCGGCUACCAAGCCAACCCCGAGUUUCGCGACAAGUACGCGAAUCGCUCCUCUCCUAAUCCGACUCCUUCUCACUUCCGGAUCCAAGAGGGGUACUUGCUUGUCCACACGCGGGGGAAGGACCUUCUUUGCGUACCAAGUGAUCCUCACUUGCGUACACGGCUUCUUGGCGAGUUCCACGAUGCUCGUGCCACCGGACACUUUGGAGUCAAUCGCACGAUUGGCCGACUUCGCCAACGAUUUUGGUGGCCCGGUCUUUUCGGCGACGUCACGCACUAUUGCGAGUCAUGCGAGGUUUGCCGACGCUGCAAAUCCCGCAACCAUCGUCCGUACGACAAGUUACGACCAUUGCCAGUCUCGUUGAGGCGAAGGGAAGUGAUCGCCAUGGACAUUACUGGCCCGUUCCCCAAGCACAAGACCAGAGUGGAUGGGAUUCUCACGGUGGUCGACCGACUCAACAAGUUCGCCAUGUUUUUGCCUUGUGGCUAUCAUGCCAAGGCACCGGAGUUGGCCGAGGUUCUUUACGCCGGUUGGAUUCGAACCAAGGGUUACCCCAAGGAGAUUGUCUGCGACCACGACACUCGGUUCAUGUUAGAUUUUUGGUUGGCGCUCAUCAAGUGAUGGGGCUCAUCUCUCAAGCCCUGUUCAGCUCGCCACCCUAAGACCGAUGGCCAGACGGAGAGGGCGCAUCAGACCGCA